AUGGGUGUUGAGAAUCUACCAGUGUAUCGCUCCCAAAGCCGCGGCCUAGGGGUUGUUUUCGAGAACAUCACCGCGCACGGAAAGGGAGGAGGGAUCCGGAAAGUCCUUGACUUGCCUGCCAUUUUCGAGGGUGUUCUCAAUCUGCCAGUGGAACUAGUCCGUCGGUUCGCAGGAAAUAGGCUCUCGACGAAGACCAUUAUCCACGACGUCUCCGGCGUGGUCUUUCCAGGAGAGACGCUCCUAGUGCUGGGCCAACCGGGCUCCGGUUGCUCGACGACACUCAAAAUCAUCGCCAAUGAAAGGGCAUCCUACGCCCAGGUUGAUGGUGAUGUAUCAUACUCCUCGAUACCGGCCGCCACCAUGGCCCGAAAGUACGGAUCGGAGGUGAUCUAUAACGCCGAAGACGACAUACAUUACCCGAGCCUCCCAGUCAAGCACACCCUGGACUUUGCCCUUCGAUUUCGCAAACUAGUAAAGCAAGUUGACCAGGCGGAUGCAGCCUUCUCCAACGAAAUGACAGACCGCCUUCUCGGAAGCCUGGGGAUGAUGCACACCAAGGACACUAUUGUGGGAAAUUCGUUCGUCCGUGGAGUUUCGUUCGGGUGGAGAGCGAAAGCGAGUGUCGUUGGCGGAGGUGAUGGCCACCAACCCGGCCGUCGCCUGCUGGGACAACCCUAUCCGCGGCCUGGACAGUUCACUCGCAUGGCCAACAUUGUGACCUUGUAUCAGGCAUCGGAAUCCAUGUACAGCCAAUGCUUUGACCGGGUGUUGGUGAUGUACGAAGGCAAGAUGAUCUUUUCUGGCCGAUCUGAGGAUGCGAAGACCCAUUUCAUCAACCUUGGCUUUCAUAUGUGGGAGAGACAGACCACUCCCGACUUCCUGACUGCAGUCACCGCGCCUUCAGAACGGGUGACAGACAUACGCACCUAUCGCCAUGAAGCGAUCGCCGAUACGUCAAAUCUAGUCGCAUUUCAAGACGAAGUCCAUCGAGUGCAAUCUACCGCUAUCUUUCAGGGCUCGCUCCAGCCGAUGCCGAUCUGGAGCCAGAGCCUGGUAGCUGUAAGGCGCUACUACCAACUGUUGUGGAAGAACCAGCGAGAUCUCUACAUUGUUCUUUUCUUGAAUGCCGUCAAUGCCGUCAUUAACGGUUCUGCUUAUUUCAUGGCGCCAAAAACAGCCACCGGCUCGUUCGAAAAGGGCGGUGCGAUCUUCUUCUCGCUCAUCUACUUUUUCCUCAAUGCAUUGGCUGAGGUUUCCUCGACGAUUAACGCACGUUCCAUUCUGGUGAAACAACACAAACUCGGCAUCAUCCACCCUGUGGCCUUUGUUAUCGCACAGACUAUUGCCGACAUACCGGUCGCAGUCUUCCAAUCUCUUGUCUUCUCGUGCUGCUAUUAUUUCAUGUUAGGUUUGCACAAAACCGCCUCGGACUUUUGGAUCUUUGAACUUGUGUUGUUUACCCACUACUCAGCGGUCUCGAGUCUCUUUCGCAUGCUUGGAGCCUGGGCCCCAUCCCUCAAUAUUGCGUUCUUCAUGGCUGGAACGGCCAUGCCAAUCUGUCUCACGUACGCUGGGUACGGCCCUCCAGUACCGACCAUGCACAGAUGGGGGUCGUGGAUCAGAAGAAUCUCUCCAUCCCCGUGGGCAUUGGAGGCUCUUAUGGGGAAUGAAUUUGCCGACAUCACCCUACACUGCACCGCCGACCAAAUGGUCCCCAACGGCCCUGGAUAUGAUGAUAUCCGGUAUCAAGGGUGCUCAUUGACUGGCAGCACGCCAGGUUCCAACACAGUCUCUGGCUCCACUUACCUCGGUCUCAUCUACGACUUCUCCCGGUCGCACCUCUGGCGAAACUGGGGAAUUAUCGUCGUGAUGUGGUUUCUAUAUGUCGUACUCACGGCAAUUGGUCUGACAAUUAUGACUGACGAAAGUGGUUCAACCGGGGGCCCGGUCUUCAAGCGCAGUGCUGUUGUCGAUAUUAGUGCUUCGGUGUCCGAGAAACCAAAAGAUGAUCUGGAGCAUAAUGCAGCCCGCACCGAACCAUUAGAACCCAUUUCGUCGAGUUCUUCUGUCACAAGAGCUGAAGAGGGUGGAAUAGAACAGCCCUCUCAGAAAAAGGAUUUCGAAGAAACUACCAUCCAGCGCGCCUUUUCAUUUAAAGACGUGUCAUACUACGUUCAGGUUGAUGGAAAUGAGAAACAGCCUCUGAAUAGCGUCAGUGGCUAUGUUAAACCUGGACAGCUUACAGCGUUGAUGGGUGCAUCUGGAGCCGGAAAAACGACCUUGCUGGACACUAUCUCGCAAAGAAAGUCAACUGGACGCGUUGAAGGCGAAAUGCUUCCGGGUGGUAAGCCACUUGGAGGCGCAUUUUCCCGGUCAUGCGGUUUCUGUAUGCAGCAGGAUGUCCAUGAGCCAUUGUCUACAGUCCGCGAGGCUCUCGAAUUCUCUGCCAAGCUUCGCCAGCCCAAGGAAGUCCCGACCUCGGAAAAGCUCGAAUACGUGGAAAAUAUUAUUUCUCUUCUGGAACUUGAGCCUAUUGCCGAUGCACUCAUUGGAGAGCCGGGUGACGGUGGCCUAAAUGUCGAGGAGCGCAAGCGUGUCACAAUCGGAGUCGAACUAGCUGCUAAGCCGUCCGCUCUACUAUUUCUGGAUGAGCCAACUUCGGGCCUCGACAGCCAAGCCGCAUUCUCAAUUGUUUCCUUCUUGAAAAAAAUUGCGGAACAAGGCGUUCCAAUUGUCUGCACAAUUCAUCAGCCAUCAGCAAUCCUAUUCCAAAUGUUCGAUCAUGUGCUUCUUUUGGCACCCGGAGGCCGAACUGUGUAUUUUGGUGAGACUGGACCAGAGUCCAAGUACGCGAUAGAUUAUUUCGCACGGAACGGAGCCGUCAUGGGGGCCUCUGAGAACCCUGCAGAGUUCAUUAUUUCAACCGUCACGAACAAGGAGCAAUCCGCCCGAGAUUGGCCUCAGAUUUGGAAUGAAUCUGAAGAAUGUUCCAACCUCAAACACAAGAUUGCCAUGUUGGAAUCUGAAUCCCAUCUUCAUCCCGACGACGAAUCGCACUCACGAACGAAAAACGCAAGAUACGCACUUCCUUUGUGGGAUCAAAUCCUGGAAUUAACUAAGCGACAAUGGAUUGUUGUCUGGAGGAAUGGGCCCUACAACUUCAGCAAACUGUUCAAGUGUAUCUUUUGCGAGCUGUUCAUCGCGUUUUCAUACUUCGAUGCCGGCCCCGAUAUACAAGGACUACAAAAUUAUAUGUUGGCUCUGCUCAUCAUCAUUUGGAUUAUUCCCGCUACAGCAGCCGAUAUCCAAAACGUUUGGUUUGGCAAAUGGGCAGUAUUUGAAGCGCGUGAACGCAACGGGAUAUAUGACUACAAAGCUUUGCUUGCCGCUAUAACACUUUUUGAGAUUCCAUGGCAAGUAUUGGGCUAUACUAUGGUCUACUUCUGCAUUUACUGGACUGUUGGAUAUCCCAAUAUUACCAGCAUCGCGGGCUAUGUCUACUUUAUGUUUUUGAUCCUAUCUCUCUUCGCGACGAGCUUCUGCCAUCUCAUGGCGGCAAUUUUCCCUAACCCAACUCUUGCUGGGUACGCGAAUUCUCUUUUCUGGGUAGCGUUGACGGUAUUUUCCGGGACGCUGGUUCCUCACAGCGCCAUGAACACAUUUUAUCGAUACUGGAUCUUCUGGGUGGAUCCCCUGUGGUAUUUCCUUGGAGGUACGGUUUCUAAUGUGCUCCACGGGGUUCAAGCUCAUUGCAAGGAGUCAGAUCUCACGAUCUUCAAUCCACCCGCCAACUCCACUUGUUACGAGUAUGCGGCAAGUUUUCUGUCACAAGACCCCGGCUACCUCACAAACCCUAACGCCACGAGCUCCUGUGGCUACUGCAAAUUCAGCUAUGGUGAUGAUUAUGCAGCCACACUGGAUUAUUACCAGAAGGACCGAUGGAGAGACUGGGCUGUCCUUUUGGGAUGGUGCCUUGCUAACAUGCUUGGCAUCUGGUUUUUCACAUGGCUUUAUCGUGUGAAGCUACGGAAAUGA